AUGUCGAAUCCACUGGAUGAAUUUGAGCGAUUCAGUUAUAACGCCGGUGAAGACGAUCUAAAGCCUGAUUUCCAGCUAAUUGAAGAUCCCAUUUGGUCAUUUAGAGAGAAAGAUAAGCAAGAUAACGAUAACGAUAAGGAAAAAGGAAAUUUAUUGGAUAAUUUGGAUAAAUCACCUUUAAAUCAAUCACAAGAUCCACAACAACAUCAUUUAUCCAACUUAUUCAGCCAGAAUUGGAAUAAUCUACAAACAGUUUCACCACAGCAAGUAAGCCUUGAUUGGACACCAACUCAAUCUACUUCAGAUUUUCCUCAGACUUCAAUUAAGACAUCUAGUCCUGCAACUGCUGCUUUAGCCAACUUUAAUGAGAAUAAGGGGGAAAAUACGGGAAAUGUGGAAUAUCUCCAACCUUUGUUUAAGCCAAAAGUUGAUUCUGCUGUCGAUAGACCCCAUUUAUCAGCUUUCAACUCUUCUUCUAGCGAUAGCGAUGAAGAAACUAGCUUCAACUCUGUUCAGCAGCCCACGCAACUCACACAACCAAAACAACCAACACAGCCAUCCCCUCCUUCUCCAUCUUCAAACACACACAAACGUCCACAUGCUGAAACACAUUCACAUCCACAUACUCACUCAUACUCUCAAUCUAAACCACAUUCAAGACGGCAAUCAACCGCUCAUACUGAACAAAAUAUUCAAUCUCAAUCCCAAGACGUCGACAAAUACACACCUCCAUCUUCACCUGGCUAUGAAUCUUCAGAAGAUGAAUACGACGACAGCUACGGAGCACAACCUACAAGACAGAGACGAAGGCAAAGCAGCACAAGUAAAACACAAAGAAAUCAAAAAAUAGCUCUCGAUCAGAUUGACACAAAACACAUACCAUAUGCUUUUGAAUUGACUGAUGAUAGUCUCGUUAGAUGCACCUACUCCUCCCCAGUACCUCCUCAUAAAAAGUGUAAAACUUCCUUCCAGCGUCCUUACGAUUUAGCCAGGCAUGUAGAGACCAUUCACUCAAGAGACGAGGCUCAGUUGGUGAGAAGUGGUAAAAUCUCUCCUGCUCAAAUCACCAUACCUGGUCUAGCCAAAGAUCUCGAAGAGGCUGAAAAAGAUCCGAAAAAGGCUGAGAAAUUGGUCGCUGUGCAGGUUUACAAAUGCGAUGGCGAAGAGGGUUGCGGUUAUGUGUUUUCGAGGAAGGAUGCGCUUAUACGACACAAAAGGAUAAGAGGUCAUGGUGUACCUAAGCAAAGCUAA